AUGAUGAAGCUUACCGUUGCCUUCUUGGCCGCUCUCGCUGCCGCCGAUGCCGCUGAGGCUCGCAGCCAUCGCCAGGCCCGUCGCCAAUACGGUGCCACCGACUCCUACGGUGGAGGAAACAGCUACGGUGGUGGCAACAGCUACGGCUCCAACAACGGCGGAUACGGCGCCCAGCCCCCUGCUGGAUCCAGCUCUGCCGUGCCCGUUGUCAGCUCUGCUACUCCCAUCGUCAGCUCUGCCGUCCCGGUCGUUAGCUCUGCUACUCCCGUAGAGACCCCCGAGGCCUCCACCUCCGCAACCCCCGUUGUCUCCUCGGUCCCAUACGUCCAGACCUCUUCCCCAGCUUUCGAGACUUCCAGCACCCCUGCUGAUGCCACCUACACUCCUUCCACCUCUGCUGGUGGCUACGGAGCCGUCCCCCCUGCCGGUGGUGCCAGCUCCAGCUCUCCCGUCCCUGAGGCUGCUACCAGCUCUGCUGCCAGCUCUGGUUACCCAGUUGGUGGCGGCUACGGAGGUGUCCCCUCUUCUGCCGUCCCUGAGGCUGCUACCUCCAGCUCUGCUGUCAUCCCCACCAUCAGCUCCACCGCUGCUGCCAGCUCCGCCUACGGAACUGGCUACUCCGCCGUUGUCCCCUCUGGCGCCAGCUCCAGCUCCGUUCCAGGUGUUAGCAUGAGCUCCGCUAUUCCCUCCGGCUCUUACCCCGUCGGUGGCGGUUACGGUGGCGUCCCAUCUUCCGCUGUCCCCGAGGCUGCCACCAGCAGCUCCGUCGUUCCCGGCGUCAGCAUGAGCUCCGCUAUCCCCUCCGGCUCUUACCCCGUCGGUGGCGGCUACGGUGGUGUUCCCUCCUCAGUCGUCCCUGAGGCUGCCACCAGCAGCAUGGCCGGAACUGGCUACCCUCUCUACCCCACUGGCACUGGAUCCCGCCCCGCUGGUGUCUCUUCCACCCCUGUCAGCGACAUGGUGACCUCCACCAUCUACAGCACUCAGAUCUUCACCAAGACUGCCUGCCCCCCUACCGUCACUGACUGCCCGGCUCACUCCACCGAGCUCGUCACCAGCGUUGUUGCCGUCGGCACCACUGUCUGCCCCGAGGGUGAACUUCCCCAGGCCCCCCCCACCGCCGGUGUGACCAGCUCCUACCCCGUCUCUGAGGUCGUCCAGACCUACACCGAGACCCUCGUCUACACUGUCGGUGUUGGCUCGACUGCUCACCCAGUCACCACUGAGGUUACCUCCACCUCCACCUCUACCCAGUACUCCACUGUCGUCAUCACUGUCGGCAAGCCCACUCCUACUGGUGAGGUUCCCUCUGAGGCCACUGGCCCCGCUGGCGGCGAGAACUCCUACCCCACUGGCCCUGCUGGUGGCGAGUCUGCCUACCCCGAGGGCGGUGAGGAUGUCACUUCCACCAUCAAGUCUACCUCCACCUCCACCAAGUACGUCACCGUCAAGCCCACUCCCACUGGUGAGGGUGACGUUCCCGCCGACUCCGAGUCCAACCCCUCUGGACCCGCUGGUGGCAACGGUGCUUACCCCACUGGCCCUGCUGGUGGUGAGAACGCCUACCCUACCGGCCCUGCCGGUGGUAACGCCACUCCUUCCGUUCCUGCUGGAAGCGAGGGUGGUGAGGACUGCGCUGCUCCCGUCACUGUCACCGUAACUGCCAAGGAGACUGUCACUGUUACCAAGGGUGGUGACUACCCUGCUGCUACCCCCGAGACCCCCGCUCCUGAGGUUCCCUCUGAGCAGACUGCUUCCUCCGGCAUGCCCUCUGUUCCUACUGGCAUGUACCCCGUCCCCGGUAACGGCACCAACCCCUACCCUGCUGGCCCAACUGGCUUCAAGACCUCCACCAAGCCUGCUUACCCCACUGGCACCGGUGCCGUUCCCGUUCCCAGCAGCGCCACCUCUGUCCUCCCCAGCUUCUCUUUCGUCUCUGAGGUAGCCACCCCUACCGGCGAGACUGCUAUCCCCUCUUCCACCGUCCCUGCCGGUGCUGAGUCCAGCGCUGCCUACCCCGUUGGUGGUGGCUACGGCGGUGCCUCCUCCGCUCCUGCCUCCUCCAAGACCCCUGAGGCUGCCGUCUCUUCCUCCACCGAGGCUUACACUCCUCCUGCCGCCACCCCUACCCCUGACAACAGCUACGGCUCUGGCAGCGGUUACGGUUCCGGCUACGGCACCUACUAA